UUAAAGGGCUUUGAUUGACAGGCGUUUAUCCAAUCAGAUGUCAGCAUCAGGUCGCGGAUAAGCUUCAGAAGCAGGCGCUGAGCCAACUCGCAAAAAGUGCCACGACUCCAAAAGUCAGCGGCGAUUCUUUAUCACUGUGAGUUUGAACGCAGGAUCAGGAUUAGGAGGGACAGGACUGAGCAAAGAUGGACGUGUACGACCCUCAAACUCUGGGAAUUGUGGUGUUUGGUGGCUUCAUGGUGUUCUCCGCCAUUGGCAUUACGCUCGUUUCAACUUUUUCCAUGAAGGAGACAUCUUACGAAGAAGCCCUGGCCAAACAACGGCAAGACUCAGGCAAGACCCAACCACAGCGCUCUGACAAGAAGAAAAAGCCAUCUGAAAAGAAAAACAAGGCCAAGAAGAAGGAGGACAAGCCAAAUGGGAACCUUCCAGAAUCUGAGCCCGAGUCCAUCCCUGAACAUCUGGUAGAGAACAGUGAGCCCAAAGCAUUACCCCAAGUUGAACCAGAACCCCAACCUGAACCUGUUCCUGUUCCCAAGCCUGAACCUGAAGUUAAGCCCAAGCCAGUUGUACCUGAACCCACUCCUAAGAUUGUUGAGUGUGCUGCCCCUCCCACUGUAAGUGCUGUGGUGGCUCCACUUGCUUCUUCCCCAAAAGAGAAGAAAAAGAAGAAGGUGGCCAAGGUGGAACCGGCUCCCAUCAAGCCUGUGGAGGUCCCAGAAGUUGUAGUUAAGGUGGAACCAGUGGUUGCUGAGGUGGCGGUGAAAGCAGCAGUUGCUCCUGAGGCUGCUGCUCCCCCUAAAGCUGAAGAACCCAAAACUGAAGCUCCAACCAAGAAGAAGUCUAAGAAGAAGUCUGAGCCAGUGGUUUCUGUGGAAACGGUCGAUGUCCCCCAGCCGUCACCAUAUAAAACUCUGGUCUCCAGUCUGAAUAGUGCUUCGCUCAGUGAAUCUGAGACACAGAAACUCUUUGAGAUCAUCAGCAAGAAGGCAGGAAAAGACUCCUGGCAACUGGCAUCUCAGAAGGGUGACCCCUUGGCGGCAUUGAAGAAGCAGCUGGAAGAGAAGGAAAAGCAGUUGACCGCUGAGCAGGGCAACGUAGCUGCAGCCAAAAACCGUGUCCGAGAGCUUACCAAGGAGCUGAGCUCUGCAAAGAGCAAGAUGACAUCCGUAGAGACCCGUAUGAGCUCUGAGCUGAGUGCCCGUGGCCAGGAGAUCUCAGCUCUACAGGCUCUUAUGCAGACUUCCUACCAGGAGCACAUCAACGAAAAACAACAGCUCAACAGCAAGAUCCAAAGCCUGCAAGAGCAGUUGGAGAAUGGACCGAAUGCUCAGCUGGCCCGUCUGCAGCAAGAGAACUCUAUUCUCAGAGAUGCCCUCAAUCAAGCCACUAGCCAGGCUGAAAGCAGGCAGAAUGCAGAGUUGGCAAAGCUGCGUCAGGAUUGUGUGCGUCUAAACCGAGAGCUGAAUGAGCGCACAGCUGCUCAGCAUGCUGAGGAAGAGCGCAGGAAGGCUUUUGAAACCAAGAUGGCCACUGCUGAAGAACAGCUAGCGCAAACCCAAGCGUCCCGUGUGGAGGCAGAGCAGGCUCUGCAGCAGAAGUUGGAUCGAGUCUGUGAGGAACUCCGUGAGGCUCAGCACGGCAGCACCACCCUACAGGCUCAAGUAGAUGCAGCAAAAGAGCAAACCAAGACCCUUACUGAACUCCAAGAGCGUAUGCGUGUUACAGAAAAAGAGCUGAAAGACAGAUGUGAAGAGCUGGAGAUAUUGAGAGCACGGAUGUCUCAGACACAACAGGUUACUGAGGAAAAGCCCUCUGUGGAAACAGAAGCAACAGUACAGGCUGAAAUCCAGAAGAUCAACUGCGAGGAGGUUGAACAGUUGAGGAGCAGUCUGAAAGAGAGGGAGGACCAGCUGACAUCACUGGAGGUGGAGCUUAAUCAGCUAAAGGAGAAGCUUGACACAGUAAAGAGAGCUCAGGCUGAGGAAACUCAGAAUAGGGUAAAUGAGGCGGACACAGAACGGAGGGAAUACAUAGCUGAGAUCGACCAACUUAAAACUAGUCUGAAAGAAAAGGAAGAUUUGGUGGCAUCUCUACAGGCUCAGCUGGAGAAGAAUGAAAGCGCUGAUACUGUUGAAGCUGAGCCGCCAUUUGAGAAUCUGGAGAAGGACGCACGCAUGAUCUCGCUGGAGGAGGAACUUCAACAGCUUAAAGAAGAGAUGGAGCGAGUGAAGGCCAAGAGCAAUGAACUGCGAGAUAAAAACUAUGCUGCAGUGGAGGCCCUAGCUGCUGCUGAGAGGCUGAGUGAAGAAAGACUGAGCCAAGCCAAAGCCGCACAGAGUGAAGUUGAGCAGCAGCUGAGCUCUUUCCAGACAGACACCAGAAAUGCUUUCCAGACGCUCUUCCCUCACAUCAGCAUAGAAAUGCAUCAGACAAACUGGCUGGAAAAAUUCACACAUGAAGCACAGAUGACACUGACACAAAAUCAACAGAGUCCAGCAGAACAGCAGCACAUAACAUCAAGCUCAGAUGUGACGGAUCUGCAGCAGAAACUUGCCCAAUCAGAGGAGAGACAGAGGACACUUCAGGCUGAGUGUGAGCAGUACAGGUCAACUCUCAGUGAAACGGAGAGCAUGCUGCAAGUUCUGCAGAAGAGUGUGGAGGACGGCGAGCUCAUGUGGAAGUCAAAGAUUUCAGAUGCUGAGCAGCAAAAACAGACGGCUCUGGAUCAGGUGAAGGUGCUGGAAGAGACGAUAAAUGCGGAAAGACAGGACACGGAUCAGCUGAAGGGGCAGAUGAUGCUUUUAGAAGCCCAGCUGGAGAAACAACUGGAGUCCAUAACCAUCAGUCAGACGUACGCAGAAGAAAUGUCUCAGCUGAAGGCAUUGUUAUCAGAAUCUCAGGUCCAGCUGGUAUCUGCCAAAGCAGAGGCUCAGGAACAGAGAGCAGAACUUUCACUGGUCAAGCAGGAACUACAGGAAGUGACUCGGCGAAUAGAGAGCGAGAAGAGCACAGAGUCCACUCAGGUGAAAACGCAGCUGGAGGAGGCAACAAAUAAACCGCUGACAGAAGAGGACACUCGACAGCAGGUUGCAAACAACUAUGAACAGGCUCAGAAGUACGUCAGGGAUCUCGAGGCUCAGUUAGAAGAGUUGAAAGCUGCUGGAGAAGGACCAACUGAAGAGCUGAAGGAGAGACUGGAGAAAGAGAAGAAGCUGACGCGAGACCUCGGCCAGGCCGCCUCUGAACUGCAGCAGCUCCUGAAGAGCUCUCAGGAAGAGCUGGACAAAGAGAAAGAGGGUGUGAAGAACCUGCAGGAACAGUUACAGGACAAGGAUACUGAAGAGUCAAAAGAAGGAACGUCUGUUUGACAGAAUAAAUCCAACAACCUUGUGCCUUAAUUAUUCUUAUGCAUUAUUUGCUUUUGUAUUCUCUGCUACUGUAUUAAAUGUGCCGACUGUUUUUAGGAUUUUUAAGGGAGGAAGCAUAAUAUAUUUUAUACAUUUUGUUGGAGCCGUUAUUAGGUGACUGAACACCUCCUAAAGUUAUCGCAGAACCAAUCAGUGUUGAAAGGGAGAAAUGGUUGAGUGAAAAAGCACAUGAUGAUUUGUGCGAUCGGUCUUUUUAUCUUUUGUUUGCAUGUUCUCAUAAGAGUCAAAGGAAGGAACAUUUCAUGUUGCAGCAAUGCAGUACAAGCUACAAGCUAAGUUAACAAAGGUGAUGAUAUAAUAAUAAUAAAAUGUGUAUAAAAAAUUGUGGGUUGGUCUUCUUU